AUGAAAUUUUUACUGAGCAAACGGAUAUCUUUUGUUCUUCGUGUUAAUUUAGCUCCAUCGCUACCGUUCAGACCUGGUGAUGGCAUUUGUAAAAAUGCAACUUGGGCUGAAAAUGCUACUACGAUAGCUGGUGGCAAUGGUCGAGGAUCUCAACUCAAUCAAUUCGAUCGUCCACAUGGACUUUUUCUUGAUGACAAUCAAAAUAUCUAUGUUGCAGAUAGUGUUAAUGACCGAAUAGUUAAGUGGGAUCGUAAUGCUUCAAGUGGUCAGCUAGUUGCAGGUGGAAAUGGAAGAGGAAACUAUAGCAAUCAACUAAAUUUUCCACUGGAUGUUAUUGUCGAUAAAAAUGGAACAAUGUACAUUAGUGACAGAGGUAAUGAGCGUGUUCAGCGAUGGUCUCUCGGUGCUCAAAAUGGACAAACAAUUAUAGAUGAUAUAUUUGUCUUCGGUAUAGCACAAAAUGAUCAAGGCUCACUGUAUACGUCUGAUCUGCGAAAAAAUGAAGUGAAGAAAUGGCGAAUCGGUGAGACGGUUGGACAAUUGAUCACUUCAGAAGUUCAAUUUCCGGGCUUACUGUUCGUUGACCGAUAUCGAUCGAUCUAUAUAUCUGACGUGUUCAACGACAGAGUGAUAAAAGUAGAUGACAAAACAACACAAAUGUCAAUUGUCGCUGGAGGAUCUAGGGGCGAUGGCGAAAACCAAUUCUAUUUUCCAAGUGGUGUUGCUGUCGAUGGGUUAGGCACUGUCUAUGUGGCUGACUCGUAUAAUAACCGAGUAAUGCGAUGGCCACAUGGUGCUACAUUUGGUACUAUUAUUGCUGGUGGUCGUGGCCAAGGCUCUCGAUCUGAUCAACUCGAUAACCCUAUUGGUAUUUUAUUUGAUCCUGACGGAAAUCUGUAUGUUGUUGAUCAGAAUAACAAUCGGGUGCAAAAAUUUGACAUUGAUAACAAUUCAUGCUGA